UUUGUAGAAACUUUGUUUGAGGAGUUUACAGAGCAUUUGAGAGAGGCAGAAAAGGCAAAUGAAUGCCGCUAUGGUCUCUUUGAUUUCUGCUGUAGAGACAGUGCUGGUCAUCCCAGACAGGGUAUUGUGUUUAUUGCCUGGUCACCAGAAAAUGCCAAGACCAAAGAAAAAAUGGUGUAUGCCAGCAGCAGAGAUGCACUUCAGAAGAAAUUUGAUGGUGUGAAAGUAAUCAUACAGGCCACAGAUUAUGAUGAAAUUGACAAAGAUGUAGUUGAGAAAGAACUUGUGAGAAAGCUUUAUUCAUAAACCAGAACAGUGAGAGCUUUGUAAUUUGGGACCUGUACCACACAAGGACUAUUGCCUUAGCAUGUGUUAAAUACUGAUGUUAAUUAUUUUUUGCAUUGAAGGAGAUAGAAAAAAUAGCAAGAACAAUAAACAAUUUUUUAUUAAAACAGGAACGAAUGAUGGUUUGGACCUAAAUUUAAAUAAUACGUAGAAAUCCAAAUAACUGAAAAUCUCUAUGACGCCAGUACAACAGGUGAAGAUCAACUGCUUUAUGGACUAUUCCCUUUUGCAAUCCAUACACCUUGCCCUAUCCAACCCAGUUUGAAAGUUUUAAAUUAAAUUUUAAAAUAUUAAAGAAAUUUUUAAAAAAUA